GGGUGUGGUUUAUAGAAUUACACAAUAUUAUCUCUGUUGGCUGAAGAUUGUUAUUUCUCAGUUUUUUAAUAAUAAUGAUGCUCAGGAUCCUCAAGCAGGGUAGUACUGUAGCUCCAAGAGUGUCUCGACUAAUACAUUCUAGUCAUGGGCUAAGAGCUAGAGGAGUCACUCAUCCACAAAUCACCACCCACUAUUCAGUUGUUCCACGUCAUAAUGAUCCAAGAUGGGAGGGUAUUGAUAUGUCCCGAGAGGCUGAUGAGUGUGAUGUACUGAUUGUUGGUGCAGGGCCAGCUGGUCUAUCAGCAGCCAUUAGACUCAUGCAGUUGAGUGAGGAGAGUGGAGAGGAGAUAAGAGUCUGUGUUGUUGAUAAAGCUCCUGAGGUAGGAGCCCACACAUUAUCAGGUGCUGUCCUUGAGCCAAGAGCUCUUAAUGAGCUGUUCCCUGACUGGAAGGACAGAGAAGUAAGUGGGAAUCAUGGUAAUUAUGUGGUUCGAUUGGGUAAUUUUGUGAGGUGGUUGGGUGAACAAGCUGAGGCUCUUGGAGUUGAAGUAUAUCCUGGUAUAGCUGCUAGUGAGGUGCUGUAUCAUGACGAUGGGUCUUCAUUUGCUCGUGGUAUGGAGUUACAUUCUAAAGUGACAUUAUUUGGUGAAGGCUGUCAUGGUUCGUUGGCAAAGCAGUUAUACAAGAAGUUUGAUCUGAGAAAGAAUUGUAUACCACAGAGCUAUGGCAUUGGACUCAAGGAGCUGUGGGAAGUUGAUCCUAGCAAGCACAGGCCAGGUCAUGUUGAACACACUGUUGGUUGGCCAAUGGAUCGGAGGACAUAUGCUGGAUCAUUCAUGUACCAUUUAAAUGAAGGACCUCUUGUAGCAUGUGGCUAUGUGGUGGCAUUGGAUUACGCUAAUCCCUUCAUGAGCCCUUUUAAAGAAUUUCAGAAAUGGAAGACACAUCCUCACAUUCGCAAAGUGUUAGAAGGAGGAAAGAGGAUUGGGUAUGGAGCAAGAGCACUCAAUGAAGGAGGAAUACAAAAUGUACCUCAAUUAGCUUUCCCAGGAGGAGCACUGAUUGGUUGCAGUCCUGGUUUCAUGAAUGUACCGAAAAUCAAAGGGACGCAUAAUGUAAUGAAGACCGGAAUGCUAGCUGCUGAAUCGGCAUUUGAAGCUCUCGUUACAUCCAAGAGUAACAAUACACCUGGUUUAUUCUUGGACAAGUAUGAAGAGAGAGUAAAGAGCAGCUGGGUGUGGAAAGAACUGAAACAAGUACGGAACUUUAGGCCAUCGUUCAAUACACGUCUAGGACUCUAUGGAGGGAUUGCUUAUACCAGCCUCUUUGUUUUGCUCCGUGGGAAAGAGCCUUAUACUCUCCGCCCUCGUAAUCCUGACCACGCUCACAUUCGUCCAGCUGACCAGUGUAAUGUUAUAGAGUACCCAAAACCUGACGGAGUACUGACAUUUGAUCUCCUGAUGUCGGUAGCUUUGACUGGUACCAAUCACGAACAUGAUCAACCUGCUCAUUUAACACUGAUGGAUGAUAGCAUUCCAGUUGAGAGGAAUCUUAAGAUAUUCGAUGGACCGGAGGGAAGGUUCUGUCCUGCUGGGGUCUAUGAGUAUGUGCCUGUUGAUGAAGGGGAGGGUAUGAGACUACAGAUUAAUGCACAGAACUGCAUACACUGCAAGACCUGUGAUAUAAAGGACCCUAGUCAGAACAUUAACUGGGUCCCACCUGAGGGUGGCGGCCCUGCUUAUUCUGGCAUGUGAUGAACUAUGUACUGUAACCAAUCACGAACCUUGAUAACCUGAAUGUUAAUGUUAUAUUAUUUUUUAAAAAUAAUUAUGAUCAAAAUUUAUGUAUUAUUUUGUGGAAUUUAUAAUGACGAAAUGAUGCAAUGAUACAAAGGUUGAAGUCUACAUUUGUGUGCAUACUGGAAAUUGGAACUUCCUUUCAUGUCUAGACUAAGUUUGUUACUCUAUAUUGUCUUUUUAUAGCCAUCUUUUGAUUUUACAACACUUGUUAUAAAAUAAUUAAA